CCGGACCCGGGCGCCGGAGAGGUUGGGACAUCCGCGAAGGAUGCGGCCAUAACAGGUGACAUUCCAAUAACGACUAUCCCCCCUGUUGAACCUCACUGUGAUAGCGGUCAAGAGCCGGCAGCCGCCCCUGACCCUUCCUCUGUUGAUCCACCCUCAGAGCAAUCGAUUGAUCGUAUUUGUUUGAUGUUUGCUGACGUGACUUCACUGAAAAGCUUUGACUCUCUUACAGGCUGUGGAGAUAUUAUUGCGGACCACGAGGAGGAUGUGGGCGGCGGGAGUGGCAGCUGUGAGAAGAGCACCCCCGGGGCCGGCAAACUGGGUGCCUCCAAGAAGCACCCCACCAUGGUGGCCUACCAGGGAGGAGGGGAGGAGAUGGCCAGCCCGGACCAGGUGGACGACACCUACCUGCAGGAGUUCUGGGAUAUGCUGUCGCAGACAGAGGAGACCCAGCCUGAAGGAGGAGGAGGAGGGAUAAAGAAGCCCGAGGGGUCGAAGGAGAACCGAGGUAGCGAGGGGGCUCAGAACAAGGUGGUGGUGAAACGUGGUGGCCUUCACCAGAUCCCCAUUCAUCUCAACCACAAAGAGGAGCAGAAGGGCAGGGAGAAGGAGCAGCAUGAAGGCGUCCCAAACAGCGACGAGGGCUACUGGGAUUCCACCACCCCUGGUCCCGAGGAAGAUGGUUCCACAAGCAUCCAGAAGGAGACCAUUCCCAGAGACAGCUACAGUGGGGAUGCUCUCUAUGAUCUCUAUGCCGAGCCGGAUGAGAACCCACCAGCAGGGCCCACGGACGAAGAGGUCACCUGCGUGCCACGCUCCAAGCCCGUGUCUCCGAUAACGACCACAUGCUCACUGAAGACACCCUCAAGCACAGUGAAGGACUCCAAGAUACCCAUCAGCAUUAAACACCUUUCGUCGCAUCCUGCCAGCCAUGGAGCAGACGCCAGCAACAGCCAUCACGUUGCACACCAUCACCUGGCCAAAAGCGAGAUGCACAGAACAAAAAUCCCUGUCUCCAAAGUACUGGUACGCCGGGUCAGUAACAGGGGCUUAGCAGGGACAACAGUGAAAGCUGCCACGUACCAGGACAGUGCCAAAAAGUAG